GGCGGCGGCUGGGGGCGGUGAGAGCAGCGUGGGGCUGCCCCUCCCCGGAGGCGGCGGGGGCGGCCGAGGCCGCGCCGUACCGCUUCAUGCGGACGGCCAUGGAGCGCGCUUAGGGUCCGACAGGAAUUGUGGGGGCACUUCAGUGAAGAAAUGUGCAAUCAUGGAAUCGCCUUGCUAACUAUCACCACCUGCUCUCCUUGAUAAGCGAGCAAGGCCAGUGGGUCGGAGGAGAAGGAAAGAAGGUCAACAUGAAGCUAAAGCAGCGAGUCGUGCUCUUAGCAAUACUCCUUGUCAUCUUUAUCUUCACCAAAGUUUUCCUGAUUGACAACUUAGAUACAUCAGCUGCCAACCGGGAGGACCAGAGGGCUUUUCACAGAAUGAUGACUGGCUUGCGGGUAGAGCUGGUGCCCAAGCUGGACCACACUUUGCAAUCUCCAUGGGAGAUAGCAGCCCAAUGGGUAGUUCCCCGGGAAGUGUACCCUGAAGAGACACCAGAACUGGGGGCAAUCAUGCAUGCCAUGGCCACCAAGAAAAUCAUUAAAGCUGAUGUGGGCUAUAAAGGGACACAGUUAAAAGCUUUACUGAUACUUGAAGGAGGACAGAAAGUUGUCUUCAAACCUAAGCGGUAUAGCCGAGACUAUAUAGUAGAAGGAGAGCCAUAUGCUGGUUAUGAUAGACACAAUGCAGAAGUUGCAGCUUUUCAUUUGGACAGGAUUCUGGGCUUCCGCCGAGCCCCCUUGGUGGUUGGCAGAUUUGUUAAUCUUCGAACAGAGAUCAAGCCUGUCGCCACGGAGCAGCUGCUGAGCACCUUCCUAACUGUAGGAAACAAUACUUGUUUUUAUGGGAAAUGCUAUUACUGCCGAGAAACAGAGCCAGCAUGUGCUGAUGGAGACACAAUGGAGGGAUCUGUUACACUUUGGCUUCCAGAUGUGUGGCCUCUGCAGAAACAUCGACACCCCUGGGGGAGAACUUACAGAGAAGGCAAAUUGGCCAGGUGGGAGUAUGAUGAGAGCUAUUGUGAUGCUGUGAAGAAAACGUCCCCAUAUGACUCAGGCCCACGCCUCUUAGACAUCAUUGACACUGCAGUCUUUGAUUACCUGAUUGGCAAUGCUGACCGCCAUCACUAUGAGAGCUUUCAAGAUGAUGAAGGCGCUAGUAUGCUAAUCCUUCUUGAUAAUGCCAAAAGCUUUGGGAACCCCUCGCUGGAUGAGAGAAGCAUUCUUGCCCCUCUCUAUCAGUGUUGCAUCAUUCGGGUUUCUACCUGGAACAGACUGAACUACCUUAAGAAUGGAGUGCUAAAGUCUGCCUUAAAAUCUGCCCUGGCCCAUGACCCCAUCUCCCCUGUGCUGUCUGAUUUUCACCUGGAUGCUGUGGACCAGCGGCUCCUGAAUGUCCUGGCCACCAUAAAGCAGUGCACUGACCAAUUUGGGAUGGACACUGUGCUGGUGGAAGAUAGAAUGCCUCUCUCCCACUUGUGAUUUUCAACAAAAAAUUAGUGAAACAUUUUUACAAAGAUAGAAAAACAGCACAAACAAUUCCUAAUGGCAUGAGAUGGCUUGGAGCUGGCCAGUGAAAAGUUCUGUUGGUAAUGGAGAGGGUGUCUUCGGGUGUUUCUGGGGUUUUCUGUAGUAAGUAAGGCGUAAAACAAAAACCAUGACCAUUAGAGCAUGAGCUGUUUCUACAGAAUCAGCUGAUUUCCUUGGCAGUUGUGCUUUCUAGCAAUGGUCAGUCUUUAUAAAUCCCAUGCCAAAGGACAAACAGAGGUGUGGCAUUUGGAUAGGUGAAUGCUGGUACUGGCUUCAGAGUGUGUUUUGAGGUAAACUUUUCAGUCUUUCACCACACCUGUGGAUUUUAUGGAACUGUUUCACAGACAUGUCUUUUUUGUCCCAGGACUAGUCAAAUUGGAAAGCUUAGUUUCUUUUUCAGAAUGGCAGCAAAUUAAACCUUCAUUCUGUUGAGCCAAAAUAGCACACUCUGUUGAAGAGAUCCAUUUUUAAGAUAGAAUUGGAGGGAAGGACAAAGAGGAAGAUGUUCAGGCUUUUAAACAACUGGGUAGUAUAGUUUCGACUAACUCAGGGAAGGAGAGACUCAUCUUGAAGAAUCAGAAUCAGUGGCUAAAUUAGUGAAAAACAAGUUCCCUUCUAUUUCAGUUCUUAGGUAUAUACAAAGUCAAUGUGACUUUGUGGGUAAGUAAAAGCUGCAGAGCUACAGUCACAUUCAAAUUAACCAAAACAUUAUUUCUGUAGAAAAUACUGUUACAGCUCAAGCAUGAUUAUCUUUAUGGAGCCUUUUUGUUUGUUUCCUGCCUUUUGCCUAAAGUAGGCAAAUUCCAAAUUAACAAAGCAAACAUUUGGUAAUACCUUGAGUAAGAGUCAGGAAUUCUAGUUGUCUCUGCCAUCCUCAUUUCUCUUCUUAAGUAAAUUUCCACCAUUUGGUCAUGAAAGUUGCUUUGUCUGGCAGAUCUGCAGUCCUGGUCUUGCCAUGUGAGAAAGGCAGCUGUGCUACAGCAGAUAACAUACAUCCUGCUGGAUGGCAGCUUAGCUUGUGAUUUAGACUGUUUGAAGAUUAAAAUAAAUCUUGAAAUAAGAAUUAGAAUAAGUCUUGAAAUUAAAGAAGUUACCAGAAAGAGCAUUCAGGUUUUUAUUUAUUCCAAAUCCUACAUUCAUCAUUUAAUCUCAUUUGGAGUUAGCUCUUAGCUCAUGAUGUAGUAGUAUUCUUCUGUCUCCUCAUAGUACUGUCAGAUUUCGGUUGCUAAACCACAAGUUUAGCUUUGGGUUCUGGCAAGGUGAUUUUGACAUGGAAGCAGCUGCUUAAAUUACAGGGCAAAGGGGACAGGCCUGAGUUGCCCACUCACCUGUGUUCUCAAAGCUGUUUCCCUCCCAACUAGUCCAGAUGUGGUUCUGAUUCUGUACUUCAGUCAAACAGACUAUAUUUAAGCAGCGUGUUUGAACUUAUUAAUGCCAGCCAUUGCUUAGCAGUUUUAGGCAGCUAUACUUUUAAAAACAGCAUUUGCAUCUGUGCCCCAGUUUAACUGACUGCCCUGUAACACUUUAAAAUAGAAUGAAAUCAUAAAACUUCCAUACUGUCUAUAUGUACUUUGAGGUGGAUAUAAGAAUGAGCUGGGUUUUUUUUUUAAGGAGUAUUGAAUUUAAGACAACAAACAUUAGCACAAAACACAAUGUUAACCAAAGGAGGCAUUGAUUGCAGUUUUAAGGCUACUUGCUUGCUGUGUGUGUCCAGAGUGAUUCUCAGUUCAGCUUGGAUAGUGCUCACCCCAGAGCUUUAGGAAGCCACUGUUAGGAGACAGUAGAUAGAAUAUUAGUCAGCUCUGCUCUCCUGAGUAAUUUCUGAUUGAACUAAAUUAUGGCUCAGUGUCUUUUCAGACAUAUUGCCUUUAGUAUAGCACACAAAUAAAGAAGAACCACUCUCAAACUGGGAACUUCUUUCCUAAUGUGGAAGCAGGAAAUUCUUCUGAGGAAAAACACAGGAAGGGAAGCUGCUUUGAAAAAAUAUCUGUCUUUUCUUCAAAGAAGUUACAAAAAAGUGUCAUUUUAUUCUUUUCCCUAUUUUUACCCCCAGGAUACUAAGAGGUAUUCAGAUCCACAGCUAAAAAUGGUGUGACAUGACACUGAGGGUAUUAUUUGUGUUCUCGUUAGGACUGGAUUAGCUAGCUGGAAGAGUGUAUCUGGGUGAAACUUGAAGAAAACCAACCAGAAAAGCUAGUGGCCUUAAAAUUCAUAAACACUAAGUUUUCUUUGAAAAAAAGAGGUAUCUUCUUUUAAAGUUUUGUGACACCAACCUCUUUUGGUUUGCUUAUUUAUUAAAAGCUUGGGAUAGUGAAAUCAACUCAUUGGAGGAAUUUCAGUCAACUCUAAAUUGGAUAUUCCAACUCAGUGUAUCUCCAUGGAUACAUUACAUCUGUAAAGAUAUGGAUAUGUUUUAAUAUUAGGAAAAUCAGAACCAAUGAGUAUUUUCUACUCUCACUCUUAAAAAUGUGUGUUUUGAGGUUUGAGUUGGCACAAGAAUAUAUGGUUUCAUUCUAAAGCUAUUCUUAAAUAUGAGGCUGCAUUGUGGUUUGGGGACAGGAGAAAAAUUUUUCUGCAAGACGUUAGGCUCUGAUUUGCUCAGAAUAUUGUUCCAUGUAUACUUAAGGCAUUUCUCCCUGUUUAUCCUCAGGGCUAACAUGUCAAAUUUUAAGAAGAAAAAGGAAUUAGGAACAUUUAUUAUAUACUUUUUUGAGAAAGUUGAAUUCUGUACAUAGCAAUUUCUCAAUGUGACCUGGAGGUUCAGUCAUCCAAAGAAAUCAUCUUUUCUUUAAAAUAUACAAAUGUUGGCUUCCCCUUCCCACGCCUUAUGUCCCUCCAGCAUCUUUUCUCUCUGUGUCCUCUGACCACACUCCAAGAUGGUAGAACAGCCUCUGUCAGCAAGCUGUCUUGUGCGUGGUCAUCCUGUGAGUGUGGGCUUCUAGGAACAUGGGCAAAGGUGUAUGAAUAUAUAGCUAUCUAUGUAUUCUAGCAAGGAAAGCAUUUAUUUUGACACAAGGAAAUACUGAUCUACAUUACAGAAGGACUUGAAGCUAGCUUCAACUCAGACUAUAAGUAGACUUUAUAAAGCUUAGUCUAUGAGUGGAUCCUAAGUGACAAGGACCAUUUGCUCAGCAAACAGCUGCUGUGCAGCUCUGGUGAGCCAGCUGUGGCUGUGCACAUGGUAAGCCUGCCUCUGUGGACCUGUUCUGUGGGGCAGGCUGGCUUCUUGCCCUUUCAUUGCUACAGUCUGGGUGGUGAGUAGGGUAGGGACUGUCACAGGUUUUAGGAACUAAGGUGUUCCUCACAAGCAAAACAUUAGGAAACUGGAAAUAACUUACUGGGAAGCUAAUUUGGGAAGUUAAUUUAUUUGCCUAAAGGGAGAUAUAGGAGUCACUACGCUCAUUUGGUCUGCCAAGGAUUUCCUCAUUGCUGCUGUACAAGUAGAGGUUAUACUUGGUAGGAUGCCAAACAGCAGAUGCACACCCAAAUUUCUAUUGUGUUCUAUGGGUUUCAAUUCAGAAAAUAAAGAUUUUAAUACAUA